UUUUUUUUUUUUUCUCUGACUCAGUGUGUGAAUAAUCAAGUACUAUCAAAACCGACACGUCAAAUUGUUAAAUAAAACAACAAUUAAUACUCAAGUUAAAUUAUUAAAUAAUUAAAAAUGUCACGAAUUGAUGAUAAAAAAGAUAUGGGUACGAGUUUUCGUAAAUUUGACGUUGAUGAAUUUAGUGAAAAUAAUUUUAAAGAAGAAGAUGGUGAUGGUGGUCUUGUUGGUUCAACUGGUCCAGAUGAAAAUGAAAUUCUAAAUUUACUUAGCCAAGGUAAAAAUGCAGAGGCUUUAAUAUCAGCUCUAAAAUCAGCACCACUUGAAUGUAAAAAUCAACAAGUCAAGGAUUAUGCAAGAAACGUAACUCAAAAAAUACUUUUGAGUAUUAAAUCAAAUCAAAUUGAUGAAGUAUUGGCACAAAUGGACAGAGAUAUGAUUGAUGUACUUAUGAAAUAUAUUUAUCGUGGUUUUGAAAUACCAAUCAAGGACAGUAGUUCACAUUUAUUAACAUGGCAUGAAAAAGUAUAUGGUAUCAAUGGAAUUGGAAGUAUUGUUCGAGUAUUAACUGACAGCAAACGAGCAUAACUGCUCCAACAUCAUUCAUCAUGAUCAUCAAUAUAAUAACAAUAAAAUUUAUUAAAACUUAUUAUUUCCUGUUAAAAAAAAACAUAACUAUUACAUUUUUCUAAUUAAACUAAAAGAAAAGUAUAUAUAUAUAGCUGAAAAACUAAAGAUACAAGGAAAGCAAUAAAGUGUUCAAUUUUGUUUUUUUGUUAACAUCAUUAUUUGUAUUUUUUUCUUUUUUCUUUAAUUUUUAUUAUAGAUAAAUAUUUAUAUAAUUAAAACAACGAUUACAUAGGAAACAACGUGACAAUGUUUUAAGCAAAAGUACAAAUUAAUUACCCUGAAAAUUUAGCUUAUGUUUGACUUUUUUUCUUUGAAUUAUUGUAAAAAUUUGAUGAAAAAAUUUCUCCACUUUUUUUGUUAUUUCUCUCGUCUUUGAGGAAGCCAGGUGACACAUUAAUUAACAUUUUUUUUUUCUCUUGUUAUUAUUCAAUUAAUUGUGAUAAAAAAAUGUUACGUAUGUUUCAUUUUAUUAAUAUUAUAUUAUGAUUAUUUUUUUUUUGUUUAGAAUUUGGGCCACUAUGGUUUAUCUUCUUUUUUUUUUAAAUUUACUUUAAUCUUAGUUUUGUUUUUUAAACUUUUUUAGUAUCCUAGAUAACUAGGUUGGCUGUUAAUUUGUAAAUAAGGCAGUUAUUUAUUCACACUUGCUUUUAACUGUAACCAUAAUCAUAUUUGUC